AUGAGCAAGACUACCCUCACCAAUUUCUACCCUAAUACGGUUCAGAGUGUCCUGGCCGGUGGUAUUGCGGUGUGGUACGGUGGAGCCACAGUACAGGACAGAAAAGCCAUACAGAGGGCUGAGAGGUCCGCGCAGAAAAUCCCUGGGACCGGAUAUAUCUCGACCGCAGCCGGGCUCGAGCUAUACUUCGGCACCCAGUUCACCCUGGCCACGGUCUGUUUUCACCCCUGGGUUCCGCCUCACAGCCCGACGGACCCUGCCCGCCGCCUCAGCCACGAUUCGCAGCGCUCCCACGACGCUGGUGCCGAUUGGCGGCUCGGGGCAGCGGCCCGUCCAAUCAGCGCCCCGGCUGCGCUGUUUUAUACUAAGGGAGUGGAGCGGGGGUGUCGCGCUUCACAACUUUCUGGAUCAGCUUGUGGCGGAUCGCCUCGGACCGCCGCGCCGAGGAGUCACCGGGAAGUCCGUCGUUACUAUUACUGCCCGCACUCGGAUCUGUUGUUGUUGUUGCUGCUGCUGCUGCUGUUUCUCACCCCUGUCAGUCUGGGGUUACCAGGCUGCGAGGCAGGCACACCUGGAGACGGGCACAUAGAUACUACGGGGAACAAAGAAUACACCAGGAAGCUAAAAGCGGAUAACUCUUGGAAUUCGGUCUGGGAACGCACCUUGCGAGCCUGGGAUCUAGAAGGGACGGGAGAGGGGAAGAGGGAGUCGGGACACAGCGUCUGUUCCGGCUCGACAUGCACCCCUGACCCGCCCGGCCCGGCCACUCCGCUGCAGUCCAGUCCAGUCCAGUCCGGGCGGAUGGCGCUCUGCCGGCAGGUGCUCGCAGUGUGCCUGGCGCUGCUGUGGACCGGACAGCCCGCUCGCCCGCAGUCCCACGAAGGUAAGAGACCUGCCGUCCCGCACGUCCUCGUGCCCCCCCCCGCUGCUCUGCGCUCCGCGUGCCGGCUCUGUGAUUUAGUAGCGCUGGAACCCACACUUCCUCGUGCGGUCCGCAUCCACCUGCCGCCCCCUCCCGGGGGUGACCUGGCCCCCUCCCGCAAAGGGGAAUGACUCGGGGGACAGAGCCAGGCGUCAAAAUCUCUCUUCAGUGACACAACACUUGACCUUUCUAGCAAAAAAAGAAGGACGCGUGUUCCCCGGAGGGGGGUGCUCUGCCGUUCCCGUCGUGGCUGAUAAUGUUCCGGGAAUGGCGACCGGUAAAGUCCGUGAGUCGUCAGCGGUCCUGGCUGGCUUGGUGUGUGCUCUGUGUUGUGCCGGGUGAGGCAGCCGGGCUGCGGGACAGGCUUACGAGGCGCUGCCGGGGGGUUCCCUUGAGCCCCGGGUUUGACAGGUCCCCGGGAGCUCCUGAGCCGUCACUGCCCGCCCCGCGUCCUCGGGGGGACCUCUGUCUGACUCGGUAUGCGAGGAGGUCUGACAGCCGUGGCCUUUGUACACGUAAACCCACUGAGAGGUCACUGACACUGGGGUCACUGACAGAAGGGCUGACGGACGGAGGGACACCCCACUCUCAGGCGAUAGAGAACCGGGGGCCCGUGUGUCCACAUGAACAUGGGUCUCGGAGAACUCGUGACGGAUCCUUCCACUUGCUCGGUAAACCUCUGGAGCUAUCGUGUGUGAGAGCUGUCUGGAUUUCAGCCCAUCGGUGUGUCUGUGUGUUUAUCAGUGUGUUACUGUGUGUGGUUCAUCAGUAU